AUGAAACGAGGGCAAGAAAGGGGAGGAAAUUGUAUGAAGAUCCAUGAAGAAGUACAAGGAGAAUACGACCAGGUGUGUCGGGGAGAGGAGGAAGAACAAACCUCUCGAGAGGAGGAAGAACAAACCUCUAGAGAGGAGGAAGAACAAACCUCUAAAGAGGAGGAAGAACAAACCUCUCGAGAGGAGGAAGAACAAACCUCUCGAGAGGAGGAAGAACAAACCUCUCGAGAGGAGGAAGAACAAACCUCUAAAGAGGAGGAAGAACAAACCUCUCGAGAGGAGGAAGAACAAACCUCUCGAGAGGAGGAAGAACAAACCUCUAAAGAGGAGGAAGAACAAACCUCUCGAGAGGAGGAAGAACAAACCUCUCGAGAGGAGGAAGAACAAACCUCUAGAGAGGAGGAAGAACAAACCUCUCGAGAGGAGGAAGAACAAACCUCUAAAGAGGAGGAAGAACAAACCUCUAAAGAGGAGGAAGAACAAACCUCUAAAGAGGAGGAAGAACAAACCUCUAGAGAGGAGGAAGAACAAACCUCUAGAGAGGAGGAAGAACAAACCUCUAAAGAGGAGGAAGAACAAACCCCUAAAGAGGAGGAAGAACAAACCUCUAAAGAGGAGGAAGAACAAACCUCUAAAGAGGAGGAAGAACAAACCUCUAGAGAGGAGGAAGAACAAAGCUCUCGAGUGGAGAAAGAACAAACCUCUAAAGAGGAGGAGGAACAAACCUCUAAAGAGGAGGAAGAAGAGGAGGAAGAACAAAGCUCUAAAGAGGAGGAAGAACAAAGCUCUAAAGAGGAGGAAGAACAAACCUCUCGAGAGGAGGAAGAAAAAAGCUCUAAAGAGGAGGAAGAACAAAGCUCUAAAGAGGAGGAAAGAGGAAGAAGAACAAGCCUCUUAAGAGGAGGAAGAACAAAUCUAUUCAGAGGAUCAAAACACAGCAGAGGAACAAACUCAGCAUCGACCAUCACUAACUUUGAAAGGAAACACGUGGUUCCGAAAGAUAUAACCGAGGAUAAGAUUUAA